AUGUUUAUAGUCACAGAAGUUUCAGGAGGAUCGAACUUUGCGGUUCUUGCAAUUGUAACUAUUGUUCUCGGCCAGGAAUAUUACACUCGACAAAUAAUUGCUACGCUAUUUCAAAUAACAUGA